AUGACAGGCUUUGAACCACCGGUCGUACAAGGCCAGGCAAAGCGAAGACGAGGGAAGUUCUUUGCUUUGACCUGCUUGGUGUCUGUUGCCCUUGUCCUUGCAACGUCUCACAUAUACCCCAUCAAUUCGUUCAAUCUUGGGAACAUCCCACAGUUUGUUGCCCGCUCAACAUCAUUCAUAUCAGCGAGAUUGUCAACUGUAGCUGAUACUAUACCCACCAAAUCCUCAACAGAGCAAUUAAAUAGCUUUGCUCGUACACCUGAUGUCCAAUUCGACAACUUCAGUCUUAUUCUCAAAGGCCAGCGCGUCUUUUUACAUUCAGGGGAGUUCCAUACUUUUAGGCUCCCCGUACCGUCACUAUGGCCAGACAUUCUUGAAAAGGCUAAAGCAGCUGGAAUGAAUGCGCUUAGUGUUUAUACUCACAUGGGAUUGAUCAAUCCAGCUCCUGGUGUAGUCGACUUCGGAGGCUUCCGAGCAUUGCAACCUCUUUAUGAUGCUGCAAAAGCAGCAGGCAUCUGGAUUGUCCUUCGCCCUGGGGGAAUAGCCCACUGGGCCACCUCUGAAAUUGCUGGUCAACUUCGCACCAAUGCAACAGAUUGGCAAGCUGCAUGGCAAGACUAUAUAAAGGGAAUUAUCGAAGUCACCGCUCCAAACCAAAUCAAUAAUGGCGGACCAGUAAUUGAUAAUGAAUAUUCCCAAAGCCCCAGCUCACAUGCGGAAUAUUUCGCUGAACUUGAGGAUGUUUAUCGAAGUUCCAAUAUUGUAGUUCCUUUGACGUAUAAUGACCCCGGACAAGGAAGGAACUUCAUAAAUGGCACCGGUGCUGUUGACUUAUAUGGGCUUGAUUCAUACCCACAAGGAUUUGACUGCUCGAACCCCACGAGAUGGAAUGGGGUCACCACAAAUUACCAUCAAUACCAUGCCCAGGUCAAUCCAUCUCAGGCAUGGUACAUUCCAGAGUUCCAGGGCGGGUCCUUUGACGCAUGGGGUCCAACCGCACCAGGCUACGCGGGUUGUCGUGUUUUGACUGGGCCAGAUUUCCAAUCUGUUUUUAAUCGGCAGCUUUGGGCCAGUAAUGCAAAGUUGAUCAGUUAUUACAUGCUUUAUGGGGGAACGUCUUGGGGUGCCCUCCCUUUCCAUGGCGUUUAUACCUCAUAUGAUUACGGCGCCACAUUUACUGAAUCCCGAGAACUGACGUCCAAGGCUGAUGAACUCAAACGUCAAGCUCUCUUCCUUCGAAGUUCACGUGAAUUCUAUAAGACCGACUGGGUGGCAGAUUCUUCUACUGGACUUCAAGCUUCUACUAAUAGUGCUGCCUUCGUGACAUUCCUACAAAACCCUGACACUGGUGCUGGCUUUUACAUCGCCAGGCAAACUGAUUCUACGUCGACCGCGACCACUACAUUUAAGCUCAAUGUCACAGUCUCAGGAGAACCCCUGCAGGUUCCUAUUGUCGUCCCAUCUAUAACCCUUGGAGGCCGGGAAUCAAAAGUCAUUGUAACGGACUACGCCUUUGGAGCAUCUUCCAAACUUGCCUUCUCUACAGCUCAAAUAUUCUUUGCCGGUACAAUUGAUGGGCGCGAUGUGCUUUUCCUCCACGGAAAUUCAACACAGGAUCACGAAGCAGCGCUUCAGUUGACAGGAAAACCAAACAACUUGCACCAAACACCUGCGUCCCUUGUUCAACUCACCAAUAACACCGGUUUAGCCCAAAACACCACUCUCGUCAGCUUCUUGCACGGCAUUGAAGGAUUGGUCACAGUUUGGGACUCUGACACACAAUUGGUCCUAUUCGCAGACUCGGAUACAGCUGCCACUUUCUGGUCUCCUGUAAUAGCAGGAGCACAGAAUGAUCCGCACCGAAACUAUUGGGGGAUCGGCACCAACGAAUCCAUAUUGGUCGGAGGUCCAUAUCUUGUCCGUGAGGCAACUAUCACCGGCUCGAAGCUUGCUCUCAGAGGAGAUCUCAAGACAGACGUCCGGUUAUCGGUAAUCGCUCCGAAGAGUAUUAGAUCCAUCACUUGGAAUGGCGAAAGCGUAACUGGAGAUGUGGCAGCUUCUUCUACUCUCACAUUCUCCGGAGGAUUUGUAGGGCAGCUCAAACUCAGCAAAUCGUUCAGCGGCGUCAGUAUCCCAAAAUUAACGAAUUGGAAGUUCAAAGAUAGCUUGCCCGAGGUGCAGAAAUCUUUUAACGACCAAUCUUGGACGGUUGCAGACCAUACCACGACCAACAUACCUCUGAAACCAUAUUACGGAGAUGGACGGAUUCUUUAUGGAUGUGAUUAUGGAUUCUGCGAAAAUACCGUUCUCUGGAGAGGGCAUUUUGUUGCCACCGGAAAUGAGAAGAGCGUCAACUUGUCCAUUAAUGGAGGCGAAGCCUUCGCUGCGAGUGUCUGGGCUAACGAUGUUUUCCUUGGAACUUCGUUUGGAAACUCGACCAACAACCGCCGCAUUCUGGAAGAAACUGACGACAAAUUCAUCUUCCCAUCAGGCGCUUUAGUGCCUGGUAAAGACAAUAUAAUCACAGUUGUACAGGAUAACAUGGGUUUGAAUGAAACUCAAGGAUCCAACACGGACAGUUCAAAAGCUCCUCGAGGAAUUAGAGGCUUUGCUCUGGACGGUAACACAUUUGGAGAAUGGAAAGUGCAAGGUAAAAUCGGCGGUUACAAGAACUUCCCCGAUAAAGUUAGAGGCGUUAUGAAUGAAGGUGGACUUUUCGGCGAGCGACAGGGAUGGCACCUCCCUGGAUUUUCCACCAAAGGAUGGAUAUCGCGCGACCUUUCGCAAGGCCUCCCCAAUGACGCUGCUGGGGUCGGAUUUUUCAUCUCUACAUUCAAACUGAACAUUCCAAAGGGCCUGGAUGUAAUGCUGUCCUUUACCUUUGAGGAGCCUUUGGGCCAGCCAUACAGAGCAUUCUUGUUUGUUAAUGGAUGGAUGAUGGGCAAACGUGUCGCAAAUCUAGGGCCUCAAUCGAAAUUCCCGGUCCACGAAGGUAUAUUGGAUUAUCAAGGCGAAAAUACCGUUGCUGUCGCGCUGUGGGCCAUGGAACCGAACACAGGGAUUUCUCCAAACCUUCAGCUUACACUUGAUGGUGUCUACGACGGUGGAGUCAAUGUUGUGACAAACAACCCGAAAUGGUCUCCUCAAGGACGUACGUAA